GAGCUACCGCACCUGCGGGAAGUUAAAUCAUUACGAUUCAACUGGUCUGCAUCAACGUCCCAGCACCUGAAACAGCGUUCGGGCUCUGUGCGGCGUUUUAGACCUGCAGUAGAGCCGUCUUUUGACUUCUGUCUGUCUGUCUAACGUGAUGGGGGUGAUUGACGAUCUCAGCGCUAUGCCGGACACCGGUUUCGGGUGCGCCGUGACGAACCGUUUCGACCGACUUCUGGACGACGAGGCUGACCCGUUCGACAUCCUUCGCGAGGCCCAGGCUGAGAAGCAGAAGAAGAAGAAAAAAGAAGAGCAGAAGAAAGCUGACCCGGGGAAACCAGGAAAAAAAGAAUCUCAAAAGGAGAGGAAGGUUCCUCUAAGCGGGGGUGGCGAUGCAGGUCAGAAGGCCCCGCUUCGCGUGGGACUGGCCCCAAGCCAGGACCGCGGGGAGAAGCGCGUGGUGUUCAGGGAGCGACGGCACAACGAGAUUGAUGCUCCUCUGGAAUACUCUAUUGUGAAGCCACAGGAGCAGGCAGAUCCUGGGGCCCGAGGAGGGCGGGGCGGAGCGCGCGGGCGGGGGGGGCGAGGCGGGGGGCAUCCCCGGGGUGCGGAGGCUGCAGACCAGAGGCGCAAGCGAGAGUUCGACCGCCACAGCGGAAGCGUGAAAACGGGGGUCCGGCCGGAGGAGAAGAGGGGAGGAAACGGGCCUCAUAACUGGGGCUCCGUGAAGGACCAAAUGAGUGCCGUGAUGGAUGCGAUUACUAAUGAGGGUGGAGGAGACGCAGAGGGAGCGCAGGAGGUUGCCGAGGUGGAUGGAGAGCUCAGAGUGACCGAAGCGGACGCGGAGGCUGCUGGGAAGGUGGAGAUGUCCCUGGACGAGUGGAAGGCCCUGCAGGAGCAGAACAGGCCCAAGAUGGAGCUGAACCUGCGCCGGGCAGACACCAGCGUGCUCUCCAAGGCCGUGGUCAUCCACCAGUCCAGACACCUGGAGGACGUGAGUGACGGACCGGAGGAGGAGGAGGACGGUCACUUCUUCCGCCGACCUGCCAACGACAUCACCUCCCGCAUGGAGAUCAACUUCGGCCACUUGAAGCGCCCGAUGCGGGGGGGCAGAGGGGGCCGAGGCGGGCGCGGCAGGGGAGCCCCCUUCCCCGCCCCUGAGACUGAACCUCAGCCGCCGUCUGAUGCGGCCCCGCCUCCAGCCCCGGCUCCACCUCCGGCUCCAGCACCCAACCCCGACGAUCCAGAGGACUUCCCCGCUCUCGGGGCUCGGGAGGCCUGAACGGGGUCACCUGAUCGCACCAAUCGGGCGGCUCGUGGGCGGGGCAUGUCGCGCUCUGCGAUUAAUGGGCCUUUUCGCUGCAUUAGCCUUAACUGCUAUUUAAAAUAAACAGGUUUGGUUCAUAGCUUCCGGAUUCGUUUGUUUUGUUUUUUUUUUUUUUUAUCAGGAGUGACUUCUGAUCUCUGUAUGGCCAGUGUUUGGUAUGUUAUGAAUUUCACCUGUGGGGG